AUGUCGAAAUGGUUUUCGACUGUUUUUUAUUUCAAUCGACGACGUGAUCUGUGUCUUUUUGAUUUCGAUUUUCUUCUGGACUUUGAUCGAUUUUUGGAAUGUCGAUUUUUGAAUUUAGAUCGCCUGUUUAUUUUUCGGCCUAUUGAUCUUGUUCGACUUCGUAAUCUUCGAUUUUUUGAUUUUGAUGAUCUUCGUGAUUUACGUCUUUUUGAUUUCGAUGAUCUUCGUGAUUUACGUCUCUUUGAUUUCGAUGAUCUUCGUGAUUUACGUCUUUUUGAUUUCGAUGAUCUUCGUGAUUUACGUCUUUUUGAUUUCGAUCGACGACGUACUUUACCAAUUUUGUUUUUUUCGUCAUUUGACUUGAAUCGAUCUACAUGA